AUGUCUGUGCUCACAGUGUCGGUGGUCAUUGUUGGUCUGUAUGUUUUGGGUCGUUGUUUGAUUCCCCGGUUGGUUCAGUCUAACGCCACUCUGGCUCUGCUAUGGUAUGACGCCGUGCUGGAGAAGACACUCGACCUCCUGACACGAACAACACGACCUCAGCGCCUCCUGCAGGCCGUCAGUAUAAAUGCAGUCAGAGGAGAUCCAGAUAGCGUCAUCACAGCCAUCGAUCACUUCUGUAAACACACAGAGUGGGCGAUGAACAUAGGAGAUGAGAAAGGAGCAAUCUUGGACUUGGUGGUCAUGGAAACAUCUCCAUCCACAGUGCUGGAGUUGGGGACUUACUGCGGUUACUCUGCUGUUCGCAUCACCAGGCUGUUGCCUCCAGCAACCAGGCUGAUUACCGUGGAGAUGAACCCUGAGUAUGCUCACGUGGCGCGACAGGUCAUCCAACACGCAGGUCUGCAAGACAAGGUGUGUGUGCUGGAAGGCCACUCAGCUGACCUCAUUCCCAAGAUGGCCGACAUGUUUGGGAUCCAGACGUUUGACUUUGUUUUCCUUGACCAUUGGAAGGACCGCUACCUGCCAGACAUCAGACUGCUGGAGGACUGCAGUCUGCUGGCCAGGGGUUCGGUGGUCCUGGCUGAUAAUGUGGUCUGUCCCGGAGCUCCAGACUACCUGAACUACAUCAGAUCCAACCUGAAUUACAGCAGCAGGUUCUACCAGGCCCACCUAGAGUACACCAGAGUUCUGGAUGGACUGGAGAGGUCUGAGUACCUGGGGCACAGACAGAGAGACAAACAGACAGACAAACAGGCAGGGAAAGAGACAGUCAGGUAGACAGGCAGAGAGACAGACAGGU